AUUAUACUUCCUCGGCUUUAGAUUACACCACUAAGGAGUUGCAUCACAUGAACUUUAUUAAAUAUACACACUAAGAGCAUAUUUAAACAUAUGUUCGUUCAUUUUUCACUAAAUUCUUCGUUAUGACAUAGGGGCACCUUUUACAAAUCACGAAUAAGUUUAAAACAGAAGCAUGAAUUGAGAGACAUUCUAUCACACAAACCUCUUACUCAACGAACAGAAUUAAACUUUCAGAUAUUAAAAAAUGGCGGUUGUAUCGUUACACAUUGGGCAAGCUGGGGUGCAGCUGGGCAACGUUUGUUGGUCACAGUACGGGCUGGAGCACAGCGUCACUGAAGCCGGUGAGAUAGAGUUGAAGGAUAACCCAAGUACCAUGACCAUCCGGAGUGGUGAGGACCUCAGCGGGACGACAAUCAAAAGCAGGGCCUAUGACUUCGGGGAUAACCAAGACAACGAUCAGUACAAAGGAAUGGAGGGACUCCAGGUCUUUUACCAAGAACUGUCGAAUGGACGUUGGACGCCGAGGGCCAUCUUUGUGGACCUGGAGUCGACCGUAAUAGAUGAAGUGAAGAACGGCAGUGCAAAGGGACUGUUUUCGCCUCACAACCUAGUGACCGGAAUAGAAGAUGCGGCCAACAACUACGCGAGAGGCUUCUGCUCCGCCGGUAAGUCGGUUCACCCCAUCGUGGAGGACAGCUUGAGGGCCAUGGUGGAGGUGUGCGACAAGAUCCAAGGGUUCAUGAUGACACAUUCGACCGGAGGUGGCACGGGGUCAGGCUACCACGCACUGAUAUCCGAGUACGUCAACGAAGAAUUCACCAAGAACCCUAUUAUAGGAAUCGAAAUAUUCCCAUCUCCUAAGAUGUCGACUGCAGUUGUGGAACCUUACAACACUCUCCUCAACAAACACGCCACAUUGGACAAAAUCGGCUGCGUUUUCCUAUGCGACAAUGAGGCGAUGUACAACAUCUGCCAAAACAAGCUGGGCGUCGAUUCCCCCAAUUACCAGAACUUGAACAGGCUCCUCUCCACCACCAUCAGCUCCGUGACUUCCAGCCUCCGCUUCAAGGGAUCCCUCAACGCCGACUUCGUCGACUUCCAGACUAAUCUUGUCCCUUUUCCGAAAAUACACUUCCCCGUCAUCACGUACGCACCGAUCGUCAACUCCAGAAAGAUCUCCCAUGAAAGCCUGUCUAUAUUAGACCUCACCUACCAAGUAUUCCAUCCACAGUCUCGGCUUUCUACAUGCGAUGACGAUGGUCGCUACAUCGCCUGCUGUCUUCUCUAUAGGGGAGAUGUGACGCCCAAGGACGUCAACCAUGCCAUUGCUAUGGUCAAGGAUAAGAAAUUCGCCAAAUUUGUUGAUUGGAGUCCGACCGGCUUCAAGGUUGGAAUCAACCAUAAAACAGCAGAAUCCCACCAAGAUGGGAGCAUCGCUGCUCCGAAGAAGACUGUGUGUAUGUUGGCCAAUACGACCGCAGUCACCAAGGCUUUACAUUCUUUGAAUAACAAGUACGAUAUGAUGCUGAAGAGAAGAGCGUUCGUUCAUUGGUACACUGGCGAAGGUAUGAUGGAAGAAGAAUUCCACGAAGCACAGGCAGAUCUUCUUACCCUUGAAACUGAUUAUCAUUGUCUGUUGUGAGGUUUGUGUCAGAGAAAAUUUGAAAUUGAGCUUCAAAAAGGUGAUUGUAGGAAAUUUUAGUGUAUUCAAUAAAACUAAUUAAAAACUGCC